UUUACGAAAGUAGCCAGUCCACGUAGAAAGAGAGAGAGAGGCAAAGACUAUAACCUCUUUCUCUCUCCUCUCUCUCGACCCUGCUUCUUCUUCUGGGUGAUCGCCAUUUUGUGUGUUCACUUUGCCUUUUACUUCUAAUCCCACACUCUGAGAGCUCCGGCCUCAUUCCCGACCUUCCGUUCCGUCAUGACCGUCAUGACUCCCGCCCCUAUUGAUCAACCUGAGGACGAGGAGAUGCUUGUUCCACCUUCGGAUUUGCCCGAAAACAAUCACCAGCCCAUGGAAGUUGUUGCACAACCGGAAAAUGCUAAUAAUGUGGAGACCCAGCCAGUAGAAGAUCCUCCUUCGUCCAGAUUUACAUGGAGAAUUGACAACUUUUCUAGGAUGAAUACAAAGAAGCUUUACUCUGACAUAUUUGUUGUUGGUGGCUAUAAAUGGCGUGUGCUUAUUUUUCCCAAGGGAAACAAUGUGGAUCAUUUGUCUAUGUAUUUGGAUGUUGCGGACUCUACAAAUUUGCCAUAUGGCUGGAGUAGAUAUGCACAAUUUAGCUUGGGAGUUAUCAAUCAAGUUCAUAAUAAGUAUUCUGUACGCAAAGACACACAACAUCAGUUCAAUGCACGCGAAAGUGAUUGGGGUUUCACAUCCUUUAUGCCUCUCGGUGAACUAUACGAUCCCAGCAGAGGUUAUCUAGUGAAUGAUGCAGUUAUAAUUGAAGCAGAGGUUCUCGUUCGCAGGGUUGUAGAUUAUUGGACAUACGACUCAAAGAAGGAAACGGGGUUUGUUGGGCUUAAGAACCAAGGAGCUACAUGCUACAUGAACUCUCUCCUGCAGACCCUGUAUCAUAUUCCUUAUUUUAGAAAGGCCGUUUACCAUAUGCCCACAACUGAGAAUGAUUUGCCAUCACAAAGCAUACCAUUGGCUCUCCAGAGUCUAUUUUACAAACUCCAGUACAGUGACAAUAGUGUUGCAACAAAAGAGCUGACAAAGUCUUUUGGAUGGGAUACAUAUGAUUCAUUUAUGCAGCAUGAUGUGCAAGAACUGAAUAGGGUUUUGUGUGAAAAACUUGAAGACAAAAUGAAGGGAACUGUUGUAGAGGGAACCAUUCAGCAGUUAUUUGAAGGUCACCAUAUGAACUACAUCGAAUGCAUUAAUGUGGACUACAAAUCUACGAGAAAGGAGUCAUUUUAUGACCUUCAGCUUGAUGUCAAAGGGUGUCGCGAUGUAUAUGCUUCUUUUGAUAAGUAUGUAGAAGUUGAACGUCUUGAGGGUGAUAACAAGUAUCAUGCUGAACAGAAUGGAUUACAGGAUGCUAAGAAAGGUGUCCUGUUCAUUGACUUUCCCCCUGUGCUUCAACUUCAACUGAAACGGUUUGAGUAUGACUUUAUGCGUGACACCAUGGUGAAGAUUAAUGACCGUUAUGAGUUCCCUUUGCAACUUGACCUUGAUCGAGAGAAUGGAAAAUAUUUAUCACCUGAAGCUGAUAGGAGUGUUCGCAACCUUUACACACUUCACAGUGUAUUGGUACACAGUGGUGGGGUGCAUGGUGGACAUUACUAUGCCUUUAUCAGGCCGACGCUGUCUGAUCAGUGGUACAAAUUUGAUGAUGAGAGAGUAACGAAAGAAGAUAUAAAGAGGGCAUUGGAGGAGCAGUAUGGUGGUGAGGAAGAGCUACCACAGACAAACCCUGGAUUUAACAACACUCCUUUCAAAUUUACAAAAUACUCAAACGCGUACAUGCUGGUGUACAUACGUGAAACUGACAAGGAUAAAAUAAUCUGCAAUGUUGAUGAGAAGGACAUUGCUGAACAUCUACGGGAGAGGUUGAAGAAAGAACAAGAAGAAAAGGAGCACAAGAAGAAAGAGAAGGCAGAGGCACAUCUAUAUACUAUCAUUAAGGUUGCCCGGGACGAGAACCUGCUGGAGCAAAUUGGGAAGGAUAUAUAUUUUGAUCUUGUGGAUCAUGACAAAGUCAAAAGUUUUCGUAUUCAGAAACAGAUGCCUUUCAACCUUUUCAAGGAGGAGGUUGCUAAGGAGUUUGGCAUACCAGUGCAAUUUCAGCGGUUUUGGCUGUGGGCAAAGCGUCAAAAUCAUACAUAUCGUCCAAACCGUCCAUUGACACCUGUGGAGGAAACACAAUCUGUUGGACAGUUGAGGGAGGUAUCAAACAAGGUUCAUAAUGCAGAACUGAAGUUGUUCUUGGAAAUAGAGCUUGGACUGGAUUUACACCCUAUUGCUCCACCUGACAAGACAAAGGAUGACAUCCUGCUUUUCUUUAAGCUUUAUGAGCCUGAAAAAGAAGAACUACGUUAUGUUGGAAGGCUUUUCGUGAAGAGUACUGGUAAGCCAGCUGAAAUCUUGUCGAAAUUAAAUGAAUUGGCUGGCUAUGCCCCUGAUGAGGAGAUCGACCUCUAUGAGGAAAUCAAGUAUGAGCCCACUGUCAUGUGUGAACCCAUCGACAAGAAAUUCACAUUUCGAGCCAGCCAGCUUGAGGAUGGAGACAUUGUUUGCUUUCAAAAACCAAAUCCAGAUGAAAAUCAGUUCCGCUAUCCAGACGUCCCGUCUUUUCUGGAUUUUGUGCACAAUCGUCUUGUUGUUCAUUUCCGAUCAUUCGAGAAACCCAAAGAGGAUGAUUUCAGCUUAGAAUUGUCAAAACUUCAUACCUAUGAUGAUGUUGUGGAGCGAGUAGCUCAACAACUUGGGUUGGACGACCCAUCCAAAAUUAGGCUCACCUCACAUAACUGUUACUCCCAGCAACCCAAACCUCAGCCAAUUAAGUACCGUGGGGUAGAGCGUUUGACUGAUAUGCUGGUUCACUACAAUCAGACUUCAGAUAUAUUGUAUUAUGAAGUAUUGGAUAUCCCUCUGCCUGAAUUACAAGGUUUGAAAACCCUGAAAGUUGCAUUUCAUCAUGCUACCAAGGAUGAAGUGGUUAUUCACACCAUAAGGCUGCCAAAACAGAGCACUGUGGGGGAUGUAAUCAAUGAUCUUAAAACUAAGGUUGAAUUGUCUCAUCCGGAUGCAGAACUUAGGUUGCUUGAAGUUUUCUAUCACAAGAUAUACAAGGUCUUUCCCCAAAGUGAAAAGAUCGAAAACAUAAAUGACCAAUACUGGACGCUACGUGCUGAAGAGGUCCCAGAGGAAGAGAAAAAUCUUGGUCCUAAUGACCGUGUAAUUCAUGUCUACCACUUCACUAAAGACACUGCUCAGAAUCAAAUGCAAAUUCAAAACUUCGGAGAACCUUUUUUCCUGGUUAUACGUGAAGGUGAGACCUUGGAUGAAAUUAGAGUUCGAAUACAGAAGAAAUUACAGGUUGCGGAUGAGGAAUUUGCGAAGUGGAAGUUUGCAUUUCUUUCGCUAGGUCGCCCGGAGUACCUUCAGGACACUGAUAUUGUUUCUAGUCGGUUCCAGAGAAGAGAUGUUUAUGGUGCUUGGGAGCAGUAUCUUGGGUUGGAGCACUCUGACAGUACACCUAAAAGAUCUUAUGCAGCUAAUCAGAAUCGCCAUACAUAUGAGAAGCCAGUAAAAAUCUACAACUAAGAUGCAGUGUGCUGACUGGACUUUCUUCAUUUCAGAGAUGAAUUGGGUGAUCCUCUACAUCAUUUGGCUGUAGAAGUUGGGAAGUGGUGAAACGCAACUGUAUAGCUCGGAAGCUGUCAGCAAGGUUUGGUGAGUUGAUUUUGUUGUCUAUGUAAUUCUUUAUCCCAGUUUGUGGUUGGGGAGGACUUAUCCGUAGAUCAGUGUUUAUCUCCAACCAUUGGUCAAAGCCUCUAUUGUGUUUUUACAACUUUUCUGGAGGUUCUUCCUUUGGUUGACAAGGCAAUGGCCUUCAUCAAGCAGUUCAGUGUAACUUUAACAGUAAAUAAACAGGAUUUUUGAACUAGUUAAUGUAUACAGGGUAUAGUUUGGUCUUUCUCCAUGUUUGGUUGUUCUGUUCAGUUUAGGUAGGGAGAUGGGGUUGUCCAUCAAUUAGUUCCUAAACAUAUGUUUUGUAAAAGUGACUUCUGAGGUACUGCCAUUGAUGGCUAUUCUUAAUUUUCACUGUGUAGUACAUAGAUACACUUUUUCUGCAGAAAGGUUUGUAUUUCAGCUCGUCACCUACC